AUGAAGAUGAAGGAGUCAGAAAAUGUAUCUGACUACAUUACUCGUGUACAGAUUGUGGCGAAUCAAUUAAAUCAAAACAGAGAAAUGUUACUCGAGACGCGGGUUGUGGAGAAAAUUUUGAGGUCGUUAACAGACAAUUUCAAGAAUGUUGUGUGUGCCAUAGAAGAAUCGAAGGACCUAGCAAAGUUCACAGUCGAUGAGCUUGUCGGUUCUCUCGAGGCACAUGAGCAACGCAAGAAAAAAAAGGAGGAGCCACUCGAUCAAGUGCUUCAGACGAAAGCAACAAUAAAGGAUGGAAAAGUUCUCUACUCACAAAAUUUUCGAGGUAGAGAUAACGGAAGCCGUAGGAAUGGUCGAGGUGGUCAAGGCAAUAAUCACGAAAAAAACUACCAGGAGAAGAGACUAUCGAGUCAAGCAAAUUGGCGUGGAAGAGGACGUUUUCAAGGGCAUGGUCAAGGAUACACUUCCAACAUCCAGUGCUUCAAAUGUCAGAAAUAUGGCCACUAUGCAAAUAAUUGUAACUCUGACAGAUGUUACAAUUGUGGCAGACUGGGUCACUAUGCUAGAGAUUGUCGAGCCAAAGAGAAGGUGGAAGAAACCAUCAAUCUAGCCUUGGAUGACGCAACAAGUGGAGGCAUCCUCUUGAUGGCUCAAAGCGAAGAGCCGAACACAAAAAGAGGCGACGGGGCCAAAGAUGAUGGCGGUAGUCAUGAGGUAGUGGAAGUUGUUAGAAAUGAGGUGAUACGCAGCAUAUUUGGCGAAAUCGCGUUAUCAGAGACGAGAAAAUCGUAG